AUGACGCCAGGCCUCAUGUCGUCGUCUGAGGACAAAACCGUCUUGAAUGCACAGGCUGUCGAAGCAAAGUCGGCCGCUCUCGCCGACGGAGGCGCCAAAGAAGGCAUCGGAGCUGGCAAGACUUUUCAAGGUCAAUCCAAGCUCCCUCACCUUCCCAUCCCCACGCUCCAAGAGACGUGCCAGCGUUACCUUUCUAGUCUUCAGCCUCUCCAAACUGCCGAGCAGCACGCUACCACCAAAUCCGUCGUCGAGGACUUUCUCAAGAACGACGGACCUGUCCUUCAGAAGCAGCUGCAAGAUUAUGCUAGCACAAGGGCCAGCUACAUUGAAGAGUUUUGGGACGAGAGCUACCUGCAAGCUUCCGACUCAGUCGUGCUUAACCUCAACCCUUUCUUCAUCUUGGAGGACGAUCCGACGCCAACACGUGGUAACCAGUUGAUGAGAACCGCCAACCUUAUCCUCGCCAGUUUGGCCUUCAUCCACGAUCUGCGCACCGGCGUGCUCGAACCAGACAGUGUUAGGGGCACUCCGUUGGAUAUGUUCCAGUACACACGUUUGUUUGCUACCUCGCGUAUUCCCACUGCCAACGGCUGCCGAAUGCAAGUCGAGCCUGAAUCGCGUCACAUUGUGGUAAUGCGCAAAGGUCAGAUCUAUUGGUUCGAAGCGUUGGACGAAGAACAUCGUCCGUUGUUCACCGAACGCGCCAUGCUCGGCAACCUGCAAGCUAUCGUACGUGAUGCCGACCAAACCAAGCUCGAAGAUGUCGCAAAGGGCUCCAUAGGAAUCUUGACCACUGAAAAGCGACCUAUCUGGUCUAUGUAUCGCGAGCACCUCCGCCAAGACGCUCACAACCGCAAGUGUCUCGAGGUGGUCGAUAGCGCUCUCUUUGUGGUUUGCAUGGACGACUCGGAACCUGCCGACGCCGCCGAGCUAAGCAACAACAUGCUGUGCGGCACUUACAAGCUUCAACGCGGCAUUCAGACUGGAACAUGCACCAACCGAUGGUACGAUAAGCUUCAGAUCAUCGUCUGUGCCAACGGAGCUGCAGGUAUCAACUUUGAGCACACUGGCGUUGAUGGUCACACGGUGUUGCGCUACGCCGCCGAUGUUUACACCGAACUCAUCAUGCGUUUCGCCAAAUCCAUCAAUUCAGCCACCAAGAGCCUGUUCAAAGCCAAGACCAGCGCGUUCGCAAAAGGUGCAGGUCAAAAAGCUAAUGGCACCACUUCGGACGCCGACGCGCAACGUACACAGGAUGUCAACCAAGCCACCGCUCCCAAGAAACUCGAAUGGAAUCUAACCGCCAAACUCGCCGACGGCAUCCGUUAUGGCGAGACGCGACUGUCCGACCUGAUCUGUCAAAAUGAAUGCGAGGUGUUGGAGUUCGACCGGUACGGCAAAAACUUUAUCACUCGUCAUCGAUUCUCGCCCGACGCCUUCGUACAGAUGGCGUUCCAAGCCGCCUACUACACCCUCUACGGACGUUGCGAGACGACUUACGAGCCAGCCAUGACCAAAGCUUUCUUGCAUGGGCGUACGGAAGCGAUCCGAACUGUACAGCCGCACUCGGCCAAAUUUGUGGAAACGUUUAUCGAUGCGGAUGCCAAGGUUGAGGACAAGAUCGAUGCGUUGAGAAAGGCGUGUGAUGGGCAUUCCAAGUUGAGCCGAGCGUGCGCGUCGGGUCAAGGUCACGAUCGACACUUGUAUGCUCUGUACAACUUGUGGAAAAAGCAUCAGGGAACUGGAUCCGCCACGGCGCCGGCCAUCUUUACGGAUGCAGGAUAUGUCAAGCUCAAUCACACGGUCGUGUCCACUUCGAAUUGUGGAAAUCCAGCGUUGCGAAUGUUUGGUUUCGGACCGGUGGUCCCAGAUGGGUUUGGUAUUGGAUACAUUAUCAAAGACGACGGUAUCACGGUUUGUGCUUCCAGCAAGCAUUUGCAGACGAAACGCUUCUUGGAUACGCUCGAGGCGUACCUGCUUCAGACGCAGCGAAUGAUUAUCGAGCUGUACAAGGCGGCUAAUGUACGCAGCAAGUCCACGUACAUCGACCAUGCCGGUGUCGAGUGUGAUGUUCGAACCGGCCUGCCGAUCGGUAGCAAGAGCAACGGUUACACUCAGGACUACGAAGAGGGUACAAGCAACAGCCAGAUCGGACAGAGUGGAUACUCUUUCUGGGGCGACGAUGCUAAAGCAGCAGCCGCCAAUACUCAGGACCAACACGUGCACGACGCGCGCGUCAGGAGGAGCAGAAUUGCUAGCGUCGGCAAGACCAUCUUGUAUGACGAGUAUAAUUGA